AUGACUCUCGCCGAGGAGCUCCGCUCGAGAAACUUCAGUAUCUAUGGACAAUGGACGGGUGUGAUCUGCAUCGUCUUGUGCUUGGCUCUCGGUAUCGCCAACAUCUUCUCGUUCGACGUCGUGAUUAUCAUCUUUAGUGUUCUGUGCCUCAUCUCUGGUUUGAUCCUCAUCUUUGCCGAAGUGCCCUUCCUCCUCAGAAUAUGCCCCACAUCACCAAAAUUCGAUGCAUUUAUCCGACGCUUCACCACAAACUGGAUGCGCGCUGCAAUGUAUACAGUGAUGAGUGUUGUGCAAUGGCUCAGUCUUAUCAAGUCCGCUACCAGUUUGAUUGCGGCUGCUGUUUUCCUACUCAUCGCCGGUUUGUUCUAUGCACUGGCGGGUCUCAAGAGCCAGGAAUUCGUCGGCAGCAAGACUUUGGGCGGCCAAGGUCUUGCGCAGAUGAUUGUCUAA